CGGCGAGUCGUCUCAUGUUGUGGUGAAUUAUGUUGAGGAGUAUCUGGAGCUUGUCGAGUCUUUGCCGCUGGACUUGCAGCGAUGUGUGUCGCUCAUGAGGGAGAUAGACACCAAAUAUCAAGAAAUCACAGCUGUUUUGGACCUUGAUGACGAAUCGUAUAGAUUUCCAACACUCGUCGUGGGUUGAGCGAGUGUGCCAAUCGCUUCAGACAAAACCUUGGUUGUCAUGGUUACCGACUGUUUUAGUGGAGAGAUCCUCACAGAACUGGAUGAGGCGUAUGAAAAACACAGAUAUGAAUCAGAUCCUGCGCAGAAGAGGCGCCUACUUCACUGUAUUCAACGGUCUUUGAUCCGCACUGAAGAACUUGAAGAUGAGAAGAUCCAGAUCGCGGGCCAGAUGGUUGAACUGGUGGAGAAUCGCAGUCGGCAGCUUGAGUGGCAAAGCGAGCUAUUCCAGGCUUGCCAGGACUCACCGGAGAGCACUGUGUCAGUGGGCAGUGCCCCCAGUGCCGUAACAACAGCACCUGUGACACCACUGUCCACUUCCCUGCUCUCAGUGAGUAAGCCCUGUGUGGAAAGGAGACAAGAUGAGACUCUGGGCUCUGUCGACAAGUCUGGUGGAAAGCGGUCACGGCGGCAAAAAAAUGGCUCGGAGAACCGUGAAAACAACAAUUAUGGUGUGGAGAACAGCGAGGAGGUUGGUACAGCCACACCUAAAGAGAAAAAGGCCAAGACAUCUUCCACAUCAUCAAAGAAGAAGAAGAGGUCAAAAAGCAAGCAAGAUAGAGAGCCAUCACCGACCGACCUGCCCAUUGAUCCAAAUGAACCCACAUACUGCCUGUGUGAGCAAGUGUCUUUUGGAGAGAUGAUAGGUUGUGAUAAUGAUGAAUGCACGAUCGAAUGGUUUCACUUCUCUUGUGUUGGCCUGCACCAUAAGCCUAAAGGGAAAUGGUACUGUCCAAACUGCAGAGGGGACAAUGAGAAGACAAUGGACAAAUCUUUAGAGAGGGCUAAAAAAGAGCGGGCGUACAACAGGUAGUGUUUAGCUAGUUUACUUGGUUGCUGUUUAAUAUUCCAUAUACAGUCUCAGGCAAGAGAAGAUAGUGUUUUUAGAGGCCAAGCAUAGAGGUGUUCAUGUGGAUUUAGGCUGGCCAUUGCUUUUUAUAUCCUUAAAUAGAGUCUUCAGCUACCUAGUUAUCAAUGUUGUAUACUUUGGAAGUAUUCUGUUCAUCCAGCCUCAAGCUGUGUAAUGUAUUUUUACAUAAUGCAUAUUGUUUUAAUGAUCAAUUUUGUAUUUAUGUUGUGAAUUGUUGUACAUAUGUGCAUGUAAAAAUAAAAUCUGCUUAAUGCAGUGUUUCAUAGCUUAUUCUCUUCAUCAUGGAACAGGAAACGGCAAGAGAUUUGUCUUGGGGUGCAGUUUUAUUUGGCACAUUGUCAUUAGCUCUUAUGUGUCAUGUGAUCCACCUGCUGCUGUUGUCUGUAACUGUUUCUGAAAUAAAAUUAUGUGAUUCG